CCCCCUUGGUGUUUCUUCUUUCUUACUUAUCGAGUGUCGUGUUUUGCAUUUUCUCACUUGAGACCAUCUUUCAACUCUGUUGGUCGAUAAUCUCUUCGGGCUGUCUCUUUUCAAUUCACGAACCUUUCCCAUCGCGUUCUUAUCUUUGCCCCUCAACACGUGCACUCCUCCGUGUUUUGAAGACAUCAUGGAUAGCUUCUCUACUACCGAAAUGGAGACUGCCCUCCACGAUGUGACCAAUGUCCAAGACAAGGUCACUGCUGCCCAGGAAAAGGGCUGGAGUAAGCCCGAGAGCUACGACUAUACAAAGUAUGGUGGUAACUUGCCCCCCCUUCCCAAGCCCUCCGAGGAAGAAGCCCAGCUCGAACUUCCUGAGUGGGCAGCCAAUGCUGCCAAAUACGAGUGGAAAGACGAGUAUGGCGAUGUCGGCCCGAGGAGUCCUGAGCUGGAGGAGAUGUUGUUCCGCAGCGAGUACAUCAACAGGGCGGGUUUGAAGCUUGGCAACCUGCAGAACAUCGAUGUCAUUGCCGAGAGUCACGAGCGUCCGAAACCCGUCAGAGAUUUCGACGACGCCGGACUGCACCCGAUUGUGCGCGAAAACAUUCGUCUUUGCCACUACGAGUACCCUACUCCGAUUCAGGCAUAUUCUAUUCCCGCAGUGCUGACUGGACAUGACCUCAUUGCCAUUGCGCAAACUGGUUCUGGAAAAACUGCGGCAUUUCUGAUUCCCGUACUUUCGCAGCUGAUGGGAAAGGCGAAAAAAUUGGCAGCCAAACGCCCCAACCUGGUCGAGGGAUACGAUCCAACCGUUGACGCCGUUCGCGCCGAGCCGUUGGUAUUGAUUGUUGCUCCCACCAGAGAACUUUCAACCCAGAUCUUCGACGAGGCGCGUCGUCUGUGCUACAGAUCUAUGCUGCGUCCCUGCGUUGUCUAUGGCGGCGCUCCUGUGCGUGGUCAGCGUGAGGAACUGGCGAAGGGAUGUGAUAUUCUCAUUGGGACCCCCGGUCGCCUGAUGGACUUUAUGGACAAGCCUCACAUCCUGUCGCUUCGUCGUGUGAAGUACACCAUCAUUGACGAGGCUGACGAACUUCUCCUGUCGGACUGGGAAUCCGAUUUUGUCAAGAUCAUGUCCGGUGGAGGCAAGCUUCACUUUCUUGCUGCUUUGAUAACAUCGAUGCUAACAGGUGCAGACGUCAACGAGGAUGCGGACCACAGAUACAUGAUGUUCUCAGCUACCUUCAACAAAUCCUGCCGCGAGUUGGCUCGUAAAUACCUGGCCGAUGACCACGUCCGCAUUCGUAUUGGACGUCCGGGCAGUACUCACAUCAACGUGGAUCAAAACAUUGUCUAUGCGGAGGAUCACCUCAAGAAGCAGUGUCUCUACGACUUGCUUCUUUCCAUGCCCCCUUCCCGUACCUUGAUCUUUGUGAACUUCAAGAAGGAUGCCGAUCUACUCGAUGACUACCUGUACAACAUGGGCUUGCCAAGCACCUCAAUUCACUCUGACCGUACCCAGCGUGAGCGUGAAGAUGCUUUGCGCGCCUUCCGGACUGCCAAAUGUCCUAUCCUCGUGGCUACCGGUGUUUCUGCCCGUGGUCUUGAUAUAAAAAACGUGAUGCAUGUCAUCAACUUCAACCUUCCUCGUAUGGCCCACGGCGGCAUUACCGAGUAUAUCCACCGUAUCGGGCGUACUGCACGCAUUGGCAACGAAGGACUCGCUACCUCAUUCUACAAUGACCGUGAUAGUGAUCUCGCUCCGGAACUUGUCAAGAUCCUGGUUGAGAGCAAACAGAGGAUUCCAAACUUCCUGGAGUCGUACAAGCCUAUCGAUGAGAGGAUCACUUUUGACGAUGACACCGAUGAUGAGGCAGACGGUGUCAACGAUGGCGGAGACAACGACACUGGCGCAGCUUGGGGUGGCAUUCCAAUGGACGCGUCCGAUGAUGCUGCCCCUGCCCCGGUUGCUGGCUGGGAGUAA